UUGCUUUCAUUGAGGAUGUCUGGCUCUCGAAAAGAGUUUGACGUGAAGCAGAUUUUAAAAAUCAGAUGGAGAUGGUUUGGUCACCAGUCAUCAGUCCCUAAUUCUGCAGUGGACAGCCACCAGGGAGACUUCUGGAACAGAGGACAAAAUGCAACAACAGAUGGGACAAAGUUUUUAGAUCCAGGUAACCUACCAUUACCUUUGGUAUCAAUUGGUUACAGAAGGUCUAGCCAACAGGAUUUCCAGAAUUUGCCUCCUUGGCCAAUGGCAUCCACCUCUGAAGUCCCUACAUUUGAGUUCACAACAGAAAACUGUGGAGAUGCACGUUGGCUUGACAGACCAGAAGCAGAUGAUGGAACGAGUGAAGAAGAAAAUGAAUCGGACAGCAGUUCAUGCAGGACUUCCAACAGCAGUCAGACUCUAUCAUCUUGCCAAACUAUGGAGCCUUGUACAUCAGAUGAAUUUUUUCAGGCACUCAACCAUGCUGAACAAACCUUUAAAAAGAUGGAAAACUACCUGAGACAUAAACAACUAUGUGAUGUGGUAUUAGUUGCUGGUGAUCGCAGAAUUCCAGCUCACAGAUUAGUUCUCUCCUCUGUUUCGGACUACUUUGCAGCCAUGUUUACUAAUGAUGUAAGAGAAGCAAGACAGGAAGAAAUCAAGAUGGAAGGUGUAGAGCCAAAUGCACUGUGGGCUUUGGUUCAAUAUGCAUACACAGGUCGCCUUGAAUUAAAAGAAGAUAAUAUUGAGUGCCUGUUAUCUACAGCUUGCCUUCUCCAGCUUUCCCAGGUUGUGGAAGCGUGCUGUAAGUUCUUAAUGAAACAGCUUCACCCAUCCAACUGCCUUGGAAUCCGCUCUUUUGCUGAUGCACAGGGUUGCACUGACUUGCACAAAGUGGCUCACAAUUUCACCAUGGAGAAUUUCAUGGAAGUAAUUAGAAACCAGGAGUUUUUAUUAUUGCCAGCUGCUGAAAUUGCAAAGCUUUUGGCAAGUGAUGAUAUGAAUAUUCCUAAUGAAGAAACUAUACUGAAUGCACUGCUUACUUGGGUUCGACAUGAUUUGGAACAGAGAAGGAAAGAACUUAGUAAGCUGUUGGCUUACAUUAGGCUGCCUCUGCUUGCUCCACAGUUUCUGGCAGACAUGGAAAAUAAUGCCCUCUUUAAGGAUGACAUUGAAUGUCAAAAACUCAUUAUGGAAGCAAUGAAAUACCAUCUGUUGCCCGAGAGACGACCCAUGUUACAAAGUCCUCGCACAAAGCCUAGAAAGUCUACAGUAGGAGUGUUGUUUGCAGUUGGAGGAAUGGAUGCAACAAAAGGAGCUACGAGCAUUGAAAAAUAUGAACUGCGUACCAACAUGUGGACUCCUGUAGCAAAUAUGAAUGGGAGAAGGUUACAGUUUGGAGUUGCAGUAUUAGAUGAUAAGUUGUAUGUUGUUGGUGGUAGAGAUGGACUGAAGACAUUGAAUACUGUGGAGUGCUACAACCCCAAAACAAAAACUUGGAGUGUAAUGCCACCUAUGUCCACACAUCGGCAUGGCCUUGGGGUAGCUGUAUUGGAAGGUCCUAUGUAUGCUGUAGGAGGGCAUGAUGGUUGGAGCUACCUGAAUACAGUUGAAAGAUGGGAUCCACAGGCUCGUCAAUGGAACUUUGUAGCCAGUAUGUCAACUCCAAGGAGCACUGUUGGUGUAGCAGUAUUAAAUGGAAAACUUUAUGCAGUUGGUGGUCGGGAUGGAAGUUCUUGUCUCAAAUCUGUGGAAUGUUUUGAUCCUCAUACUAAUAAAUGGACUCUCUGUGCUCAAAUGUCAAAGAGAAGAGGAGGUGUGGGAGUAACUACUUGGAAUGGAUUCCUGUAUGCUAUUGGUGGGCAUGAUGCUCCAGCAUCAAACUUGACAUCCAGACUGUCAGACUGUGUGGAAAGGUAUGAUCCAAAAACAGAUGUGUGGACUGCAGUGGCCUCCAUGAGCAUUAGCAGAGAUGCAGUGGGAGUGUGUCUCCUUGGUGACAAGUUGUAUGCUGUUGGAGGAUAUGAUGGGCAAACCUAUCUUAAUACAGUGGAGUCUUAUGAUCCCCAAACAAAUGAGUGGACACAGGUUGCACCAUUGUGCCUAGGAAGAGCUGGAGCAUGUGUUGUGACUGUAAAACUCUAAUUAUUUUGUAUAUGAAGAUACUAGUCUCUUCCAUAGACUCACUACUUUUUUCUCAAGUGAAUUAAUACGUUACCAGUAAACAGAGGUACUGUGUGUUUUCUUCAGAGCUAAGUGUUUGAUCUUAAGAUAGCAUACAGGUAAACAAUUUUGAAUGGACCAAUAAUAAGCACUUUUCAAAAAAAUUCCUUUAUGUUACCAUAUACAUACAAGAACUGUAUUUGUAAGCUAUUGUACUGAGGCCAGUUGAUUGCCAACAAAUACACCUCUACCCCAAUAUAACGCUGUCCUCAGGACUCAAAAAUCUUACUGUGUUAUAGGUGAAAUUGCGUUAUAUCGAACUUGCUUUGAUCCGCUGGAGCGUGCAGCCCCGUCCCCCGGAGCACUGCUUUACCACGUUUAUAUCCAAAUUUGUGUUAUAUCAGGUCACGUUAUAUCAGGGUGGAGGUGUACUUUCUUAUUAGAAAAUGCUAAGAAACUGAGUCUAUUCUAAAAUAAUUGAAUGUUACAGAUUAAGGACCCUGAUCUUGCAAACAUGCAUGAGAGUGACUUUAUUCACAGAAGUAGUCCCACUGAUUUCAAUGGGCAUAAGAUGUUGCAGGAUCAGGCCCUAGAUAUUUAAUUUGCCUAUACUGAAGGUGUUUUGCUGCAGCUAUGUAGGAUAUUAUUUUUAGUGCAGACAGACAAACCAAUGCAAAUCAGUUGUAAAUGGCAAGCAUAUUUCUUGCCUUGGAGAUGAAGGUAUAUAUUUGGUGACUAUAUUGCACUUUUUUUCACCACAACUGAGGUUUAGCAACCUUUUUAUUUAACCAAAGCCUUAUUUUAAAUAGUCUUUUUAUUAUGCUAAGAGAAAUCUGCCACUUAAUACUUUCUGCAGGAGUUAUGCAGCAUCCAGUAUACUCUGGAUUUUUAAAGGUUUUAUGUAACAUGCAGUAUUUCUUUACUUAAUUCCAUCUCAUAUUAUUUACACUUGAUUGUAACUACUCUUUGUGAGUUUUUCCUUUUAAAAUAAAUUGAGAGAGAUCUGAAGUGUGAUUAAAAGUGACCCAGCAGAAGUUAAUAUGAGUGCUUUGGAAACUCCUAAGCAUUCCAUUACGUGAAGGUUAAAAAAGAUCUAUGAUAAUUGUUCUAAACUGCAUUUAAAUUGGGGAUUUGCACUAAUUUGAAGAGUACAGUUUUAUAAGGUGAAAUGAAACACUUGUGCUGUUUUUCCUAUAAUGUUAUUUCAAAAAAUAAAGGUUUCGAGCCUACAAGAUGCUAACUGCCCUCAGCUGAGGAUGUUCAACACCUUGCAUAAGAUUAAUAGUACCUCACAGGAUCAGACCCAAUUAGUUACAUUAUUUAAUAUUAUAGUGAACUUCCUUUGAGAUACUUUAUAAUUUGCCUUUUUGAUUUGAUUGUUAUAGUUCCUUACACAGAAUUGUGUGGACAUUCCAAAUGUUCUCUGAAAGUUUUGUGAGGGAUUUGCUUUUCCUGUGCCUUGUUUCUUAUGUUUUCAAACAGUAUAAUACAUGAUUGUUUCUUUGUAAUUGAAAAUGUGAAGAUGUGGGCUCAUUGAGUGUUUGUGAAAGUAAGUUCUAAGUGUCUGAUACCCAAAAUCUUUGUACAUUUGUAAUGUUUAAAUACAAAUGUGAAUGUUAAUGCUCAAUUAACUAUUUAUUGUUUUAAAAGAAAUUACUGAGCAGUAAAACUUUGUGAUGAA